AAGUAAUCGUCACCCAUACCAGGGACUCGUAUGGCGACUCAAAGUCGUAACUCCCACUGUUCACUGCCCAACUUUGUUGCUUUAUCUUCGCGUCUUCUAAUACUGGUAUCUUUAGUACUGCUACAAUUAGAUUUGUCCAAUGCCUCGGUAGACUUCAGUGAAUCGACUGUCGGUUCUGAUUUUAAUAUCACCAGUCUAAAUUCAACAGUUAACUGGACAGUUUUCGAUGAUAAUAAUACUGAUGUACACAUAAAGCAUAAGAAAUACUCGACUGCGGUCAGCAUACUGCUUGCCACAGUUUUUAUGAUUGUAAUUAUUGGAACUGUGGUGGGUAAUAUAUUAGUUUGUGUUGCCGUUUGCCUUGUAAGAAAGCUGAGAAGGCCUAGCAACUAUUUAAUUGUAUCAUUGGCUGUGAGUGAUCUUUGUGUUGCUAUAAUUGUAAUGCCGAUUGCUAUGGUAUAUGACAUUAUGGGUACUUGGCCGUUUGGACCAAUUAUUUGCGAUUUUUGGGUAUCAAGUGACGUGCUUUCCUGUGCUGCAAGCAUAUUAAAUCUCUGUAUGAUCUCUGUGGAUAGAUAUUACGCAAUUACAAAACCAUUAGAAUAUGGUGUUAAGAGGACGCCAAGAAGAAUGUUUUUCUGCGUGUUUAUCGUUUGGAUGAGCGCGGCAUUUAUAUCACUUCCACCAGUUUUAAUAUUGGGUAAUGAGAAAUCUGAGACAUCAUGUUCUGUAUCCCAAAACAAAGUAUACCAAAUCUACGCAACCCUUGGUUCUUUUUACAUACCACUCACUGUGAUGAUAGUAGUAUACUACAAAAUAUUUAGCGCAGCUAGAAAGAUUGUAAAAGAUGAAAGGCGUGCUCAAUCACAUUUGGAAACACACUGCUACCUUGAAAUUAAUGUCAAGAAUGGUGGCGCAGCGGAGGCAAGACUUUUGGGAACACAACCAACACAAGCCACAGCCAGAGGAUCCACUGCUAGUACCAACACUACCUGCAGUGUAGAUAAAACAGAAAGCACUAUAGGGAGAUGUUUCAGUGGACAGCGAAAGUCCAACGAGUCACAGUGCCCAAUGUUGAAAACUCCUACGAAACCUAUACAUACGAUAAACCGAUCCACAUCUCAUACUCCAACCACUGACAAUAAACUCCAAGUUAAAGAAAGACGAAGACAGUCAUCUGAAAGUAGUAAUAAACUGACGACAAAUAGAAUUCGAUCGUCAUUAUCAAAUUUUGCUCAAAAAAGUCACAUUGCUAAAGACUUGCUACACUCGUCUUCACAUUCGCCUCACCAAAAGAAAUUACGGUUUCAAUUAGCAAAGGAGCGAAAAGCAUCCACUACACUUGGUAUUAUAAUGUCAGCGUUUGUGUUUUGUUGGUUCCCGUUUUUCGUGCUUGCUUUAGUGAGACCUUUCGUCGAAGAAGGUACCAUUCCAGAUGCAGUGAGUGCGCUCUUUCUCUGGUUAGGUUAUAUAAACAGUUUGCUAAAUCCAAUAAUUUACGCCACUUUGAAUAGAGACUUUAGAAAACCCUUUCAAGAGAUAUUAUUCUUCAGAUGUUCAAACUUAAAUCAUAUGAUGCGGGAAGAAUUCUACCAUAGUCAGUAUGGUGACCCUGAUCAACAUUAUUGUGUGAAUAAUACUACUAAGAUACACAAUUAUGAUGAAGGUGUGGAAAUAGUAUCUGCUGUAGAUCGUGAGGAAACGAGAGCAUCCGAGAGUUUUCUAUGAUUGUCAAUGCCUGAGGUCGAUACAAGAGACCUAGAUACUGUGAUCUAAUUAAGACUUUUUUAAGAUAAUUACAAGGUCUAACCACUUACUUUUAUUUCGUCAUAUUUGUUCUACUAUUUAUAACUUUU